UGUGUAUAUAUAUAUAAACUCUGCAAUCGUCUGUGACUCUCCCUCAUAACGAUCUCUUCAUAGCACGAGAGGUACCCUUCUAGAGAGAGAGAGAGAGAGAGAGAGGAUUCAUUAGCUGCUGCGAAAGGUUUUUCCAUAGAAGAAGAAUCCACAAGCCUUUUCGCAGUAGCCUUCAAUUUUAUUUUCUCCAAUUCGCAUAAACAUAUUAUACUCCUACACAAGCAGAAAUGGCUCGCUCUCUCUCGAACGCCAAGCUGCUCUCCGCUUUCGUGGUUGACAGAAUCUCCGUCGUCAUUAGCAGGCGCGGAUACGCAGCGGCAUCACAAGGUGUUGCAUCGGCUUCCGUGAGAGGAGGCUGCGUGAUGGCGAAGAAAGGAGGGGAAGAAACAACCAAGAAGACAUCUUCGUGGGUACCGGACCCGGUGACCGGAUACUACAGGCCAGAGUCCCAUGCCGACGUGAUCGACGUUGCCGACUUACGGGAGAUGCUCUUGAAGAACAACAACGUUAGACGAAACUGAAUAGGAAAGACGGUGAUCGCUCAGAAAUUAUUUUCAUUCCGUUUCUUCGCUUUCGAAGAGAUGGAUUAAUGUUAUAGUAGACUCCUCCGCUGUGCCUUGUCGUGAGGGAUUGUUAUGGUUACUGACUUACUGGGGUCUAUUGUUCUUUCCAUUGUUUUGUUCCCGAAAUUGGUUUACCAUUGAAUAAAAUUUACCAAUUGCGAUGUUGGUUUUCUAGA